UGUGCUGAGCUUGUGAUGAUAUCGUAGUAACGAAUUUAUAAUUCUAUAUUUGUGGCUGUGAGAGAGAUGGGUAUUUUCUCUAAUACUGCGUUCGAUUCUUUCCGAAUAUCUUUAUGUUGUGUGAUUUAAGAAUCAGUUUUGCAUUUACUGAAAGUUUUUAUCAUGGAGAAACUGCACAAGGAACCGGAUGUUAGUAGGCAAGAUUAUUAUGCGUUUGUUAACGAGUUGAAACUCUUCCAUCAAAACAGAGGAACACCUUUUCGUCAUCUUCCUAAGAUCAAUGGCCGGGAAAUUGACUUACAGAAACUCUACAACCAAGUUACGGCCCUAGGAGGCCUGCAAAAGGUAAUAGAACAUCAGAAAUGGGAUUCUGUAGCAGAAGUUUUAAAGUUACCGAAAGCUUGUGCAAAUUUUGCACUAAGUUUGAGACAGAUUUAUAUAAGGUAA